UCAAAUUCAUUUUUCACGCGCGAUCAACAACGCCAGGUGCCUUUAGCGAAAAUGGACAGUAAAAUUAUUGUAACCUCUCACCCACGCUAUGGAUAUUACUACGACAUCAAGACCAGUGAUCAAACUGUUCCAUUUAUACCGAAUCUCGGGGUCUCGCGCAGAAGUGUUUUUGAUGAAGUUAAGACGCCAGCGUACAAGUAAGUUGAUAAAGAACGAUGUGAUGUUCACGGAGGUUUGGUCAGCGUCAGUUUUAUGACAGAAGCCAUACUCUGAUUGAUUGCACCAAAUAUUUGCUUCUCAGUAGUAUUAUAAGAUUGGAUAUCUUUAGAUGUUCCACCAUCAGGCCUAUCACGAAUCCAUGAUCUUUUGAGGGCAGUCAGAUCGAGGACGGAAGCUCUGUACCAUAUUCGUGAGAUCGCAUUUUUGUAAGCCCUUUAGCUUUUGAGUUUUAAUAGCAAAAUAUUCGAAAUGUUUAUGAGUGAUCAACUUUCUUUCUGUGGUUUGUUUUUGCAUUCUUACAGGUUCAUAGAGGGUCAAUUCAAUUAACUGUCUGUUUAUUCAGAAAACAAUUAAAAAGCAAACGUCCACCUAAAUAUAAACAAAGAAAUGUCCUCAAGGAAGUGCCGAGCAAACAUAUCUAGGAUACCUUCAUUACGGCAGCAAAUAAUAUUUCAGACAAAAGAUUAUUAAAAUGUUAUGUUUUUUAGAUUUAAAAUUCGCCCCCUCCAAAAAAAAGCAACUUCGCUGGUGUCACAUAAAAAAGUUACUUUAUAGAAAAGGGUUUCCAGUCUCCUUUGACCUGUGACAAAAACCAAACUGCCCCUUAUUAGGACGUCUGCCUUAGGCACUUUAAUUAAAGCUUAAUGCAAUAAUUGCCAUAUCAAGAAAAUGUCACAACUCUCCUAAGUUCCCAGAACAAGUUUCAGUAUGUGCUCUUUCCGAAAACAAAGUCAUGAAAUCUUAGCCUUAAGAUUCUUCCUGUUGAUCUAGAUUGACUAAAUUUAUCGAAACUCUCCUUCUCAAACAGUCCUAAUUCAGCCUAUAACUGUUGUUGUUUGGGAUUAUUAACCACAAAUACAAAUCGGUCCGUUUUUACACAGCUCUCCUUCAAAAAAAAUAUAUAUAUAGAUAAGAGUCGCUAUGUUUUCGCUUCCUAAAAGACAAAAAUACACGUGUGCGUUUCGAAGCGUGACCCAGUCGGUUUAUUAUUUGCAUAAGUCUUCCAUUGAAGUUGUUGUCGGUUAUUGUCAUUCUAAUUUUGUUUUGCAGGUUCUUUAGUAAAAUCUCUAAAAACUCUUAUUAUGUCACAAUUUGGUUUAAGCAAGUAACUAUUUCUGGACAAAUGGUCGGAUUAAAUAAUGGCAAUUCCAGAAUUGAAAGGGAAGAGUACCAAUGGUAGUGAGACACGAGUGGCAUUUGAAACUCUCAGUCGAUCGGCCCCUGCUUGCUUUUCGUACAGAAAUUUACUUUUAUCGUCCCACCCUUGGGCUCUCAGUUGUCAAGGCGUCCCCUUCACGGUCCUUGCCCCUGUCUCCUGGGCUCCAGAUGUUUGAAGGGUGGAUAACGCCUUACUGAUUUCAUCUUUUCUGUUUUUAAAGGAAACAACAUAACGUUUUUCGUGACUAUACAAUCGGCCGCUCCUCGCCUGUUUGGAAAGUCAGCCCUGCUGCACGGAGGGCCGCGGCGAAUAGCCGUCUUGAACAACUAUCACAACCCAAAAAGUUUCACUCGGAGUACGAGCCUUGCAGACCAGUUCAAACUACAGUGUCUUCUGCGGCACAAAAAGCUGCUGCAUCACCGCGAACAGAGGACCUAAGUCAACCGAAGAAAAGAUCCCCUAUCGAGGGACGCGAGUGGACCAUAAAGCAAAGUGCGCUGCUGUCGCGGGCCUCAGCAAGAGUGCACGAACUGUCUCACGCUAAAGGUGUUCCCAUAGGGUUCACGCCAGACAAGAUUGAAGUUUGGCAAGUGUCGAAAGCUGCACUGAAAGCCAGGCCUUCCAAAAGAAUUGAUGACCUGGCUUUACCAAUCAAAAGAGAAAUAGCAACAAAUUUGCCAAACCCUGACGCUUUUGAAGUCUCUAAAGCUGCUCAAAAAGCAAAGUGUUCGGACAGAUUAGCUGAAUUGGCGCAACCAAUCAUCAGAGGGUAG